AUACACAGAGAACAGAGAGAGAGAGAGAGAGAGAGUACGAGAAACAGAGGAGAGAGUGUCUGUUUUGGUCCAGAGAACAUAUAAUGUAUGAAAAGGGAGGGCAGCGUGUGAACUCAAACCCUUGACUCUGCUUCAGGAUGAGAUCUCUCAAACACCUGAAGCCACAGACCAAGAAAAAUGUGGAGGAGAAGACACAGCGGCUGGUCAGAUGUUAUUCUGAGGCCAUGCACCAACAGAUGGACGCAGGGACACAGACAGACCCUGUGGUGGUCCUGUCGCUGGCCCAAGCUGCUGUGUUGGGACUCAUCUCCCAGAACGAGGUCUUUGGUGCCACAAUCGCCCCCAACGGCUUCUACACGGGAGACCCCAAAGAGUCCCCUGCUCCGCCGGGUGAGAGAAUGGACUACGAAUACGCAGACCAACUUAUAGGUGCCAACGGUGACUACCUUGGGGAAAAUUUGGGCGAGGAUGGCCACAUGCACUCCAGCUGUGCUGAGAGAAGGUGGCAGGGGCAACCUGAAAACACCAAGCCUCCUGUAGGGCACCAAGACAUGGCAUUGCAUGUUAAAGGAGAGUCUGUUACCCCAGGUUUGCCCUCCUGCACUCACAUGAUGAAUAACAUGGUGCCCAGAGAAGGCAUGCAGAUGGUGGACCCCACCAGCUACAGGGUCCUGCCCAAAUCCCAGUCCAGCAACUGCAGCACCACCUGCGUUCGAGAUCCCAAGAGUACGCUCUCUCCACCUGACCCACAUUUACAUUCGCAUUCCCACGGACAUAAUCAUGCACCUCAUGAGGUGCCAACACGCAACAGGGGCCAUACACAUGAGAAAGGAGUAGAUGAAGUGGCAGAGGACAGAGACAAUGGAAGAAACGGCAUGGUGAAAGCCGGAAAUGGAGAAGAGCAAAUUAGCAGCUAUUUUCAGGCAAAUGAGGUCGGUUACGAGGGUGGCGAGAUGGAAGGGGUCGGGGACUUUGAUGAAAACAACGAUGGGAUGUUUUGGACAGAGCCAGUGGAAGGGGAGGCACCCCGAGGCCGCAGAAUCGACAGACUGGACAUCAACAUCCAGAUCAACGAGUCUUACUGUGUGGAUGUUGGCGAAGGCCUGAAACGAUGGAAGUGCCGCAUGUGUGAGAAGUCUUACACCUCUAAGUACAAUCUAGUCACCCACAUCCUUGGCCACAAUGGCAUUAAGCCACACGCUUGUCCACACUGCGGCAAACUCUUUAAGCAGCCCAGCCACCUACAGACGCACCUGCUGACACAUCAAGGCACAAGGCCACACAAGUGCACUGUGUGCAAGAAGGGCUUCACCCAGACCAGUCACCUGAAGCGGCACAUGCUGCAGCACACCGACGUCAAGCCCUACAGUUGCCGCUUUUGCCGCCGUGGUUUUGCUUACCCCAGUGAACUCCGUGCUCAUGAAGUAAAGCAUGAACGAGGUCGAUGCCACGUCUGCUCGCAGUGUGGCAUGGAGUUUCCCACCUAUGCCCACCUAAAGCGUCACCAGGUGAGCCACCAAGGACCUUCCACCUUCCAGUGUAGCCAGUGCAACAAGUCGUUCGCUUACCGCAGCCAGCUGCAGAAUCACCUGCUGAAGCACCAGACGCAACGCUCCUUCUCCUGCAGUCAGUGUGGCCUGCAGUUUCUUCAGCUGCAUCAGCUACGCCAGCACUCCCUCACGCACAAGACAAACAAACCUCAGACCCGCGCUACCAAGGGAACAAAGGGGUUUAAGUGUGAUGUAUGUGCCAGAGAGUUUACAUUGUCUGCAAACCUAAAGAGGCACAUGCUGAUCCACGCCAGUGUUCGGCCAUUUCAGUGUCACGUGUGCUUCAAAUCUUUCGUCCAGAAACAGACCCUCAAAACUCACAUGAUCGUACACCUGCCCGUGAAACCCUUCAAGUGCAAGGUGUGUGGAAAGUCAUUUAACCGAAUGUACAACCUUCUGGGCCACAUGCACCUCCAUGCAGGCAGUAAACCCUUCAAGUGUGCGUACUGCUCGAGUAAAUUUAACCUGAAGGGAAAUCUCAGCAGACACAUGAAGGUCAAACAUGGAAUGGAUGUCUCUCCAGAUGGACAAGAUGGCCCAACAGACAUGGAGCCCCAUGAGGACUAUGAAGACGAAAACUUUAAUUUCACAGCACCAGAGAAUAUGGAAAAUAAUGAUGCCCCAAAUCUAACGAAGCUAUCCGAAGUGGCCAUCCAAGAACUUGACUAUUACAACUUCGGGAAGGAUGUGGGAAACUACAGUACAGCAUAAAACAAAACAAGUCAAGCUGAGAUAAUGUUAAGUAAUAAAUGGCCUGCGCUGGCACCCAUCAACCAUGAGUUGAUUGAGAUGUUCCCCCAUGAGAACCACUGCUCGCCUUUUUAAAGAGCAGGUUGUUGGAGGCCAUCUUGACCUCCUGGGGUUGAUCUCAUGGAGUAGCCACUUCGGGAUUGUCUCUUAUGAAACAGACUAAAGGUUUGCAAAGAGUCAUUUGACUCCACAAACAUCAAUGCUGUGUUUUUAGUACGUUGUGGAUCACAAGGUUACAUUUCUGCCCAAUACAUUAGCCUCAUCAUUAUACAGGUGCAUACACAUGCAGUCUUGUGUAAAGCACACAGUCCUCCAAAAAUAAGUUUGGUUGGGAAUAUGGAAAUAGCAGGUGCAUGCAGCCGUGUGGCCUUCAUCGAUGUGGUACUUCAGAGCAGUCUAAUAACUUCUGUUAUUUUGAUUUAUAUUGCCUUCACUUACAGUAAGUCAUAGAAACACCAAGAGACUCCUAAUGUAAAAGAAAACAAAGGCCCAUGUAAAUGGUUGGAUAUCUGCAUGAGUAGAUAGGUUUGUGUGGGUAAAAAAAUAAAUAAAUAUACAUAUAUAAAUGAGUGAUGUGUGCCUAGGCCCAGUGUACCAAAGCUACUGCACUUCGUCUGGUACAGGACCGUACGCUGGCCAUUCCCAAACACCACUACCGUUGCCAGAACUAAACUUCAUCUAGUUUGGUUUAACAGCUUCCGGGUGGAGAAUUACUGUUCCUUUGUAUUGAUUUGCUAUUUAUUUUGCACUUUGAAAAAGCCAAUUAAUUGCUUACGAUGAGCCUCUUUCAUCACUGACUGUUUGAGUUCCUGUCUAACUAGAGGAGAUAAAGCCUGUGUGACAUCCAUAGUAAACUGUUUUCAAGGCAACUCUGUAGAUUACUAAAUAAACUUGUUUUUUUGAAGUUC